AUGGCCCCCAACAUUCGAAAAUCUCACCCCCUAUUGAAAAUAAUUAACAACUCCCUAAUCGACCUUCCUACCCCAUCAAACAUCUCUGCCUGAUGGAACUUCGGAUCCCUCCUAGCAGUCUGCCUCAUGACCCAAAUUAUCACCGGCCUACUACUAGCUAUACACUACACUGCAGAUACCUCCCUAGCCUUCUCAUCCGUAGCCCACACAUGUCGAAAUGUCCAAUACGGAUGACUAAUCCGAAACCUACAUGCAAACGGAGCCUCAUUCUUCUUCAUCUGCAUCUACCUCCACAUUGGCCGAGGCCUAUACUACGGCUCCUACCUAUAUAAAGAAACCUGAAACACAGGAGUAAUUCUCCUCCUCACACUAAUAGCAACCGCUUUCGUAGGCUACGUUCUUCCAUGAGGCCAAAUAUCAUUCUGAGGGGCUACUGUCAUUACUAAUCUAUUCUCAGCUAUCCCCUACAUUGGACAAACUCUAGUAGAGUGGGCGUGGGGAGGGUUUUCAGUCGACAACCCCACCCUCACUCGAUUUUUCGCCCUACACUUCCUUCUCCCCUUCGUCAUCGCAGGAAUCACAAUUAUCCACCUCACAUUCCUUCACGAAUCGGGCUCAAACAACCCCCUAGGCAUUUCAUCCAACUCAGACAAAAUCCCAUUCCACCCCUACUACUCCAUCAAAGACAUCCUAGGCCUAACACUUAUACUCACCCCACUCCUAACCCUAGCCCUAUUCUCCCCAAACCUACUAGGUGACCCCGAAAACUUUACCCCAGCCAACCCACUAGUAACACCCCCACACAUCAAACCAGAAUGAUACUUCCUAUUUGCAUACGCCAUCCUCCGCUCAAUUCCAAACAAACUUGGAGGCGUACUAGCACUAGCAGCCUCCGUACUUAUCCUCCUCCUAAUCCCAUUCCUCCACAAAUCCAAACAACGAACCAUAACAUUCCGCCCAUUCUCCCAACUUCUAUUCUGACUCCUAGUAGCCAACCUUCUCAUUCUAACCUGAGUGGGCAGCCAACCUGUAGAACACCCCUUCAUCAUCAUCGGACAACUAGCAUCACUCUCCUACUUCACUACCCUCCUAAUCCUCUUCCCCAUAAUUGGAACCCUAGAAAACAAAAUACUUAACCACUAA